CUUGCUGUUCUUACUUUCUCUCUCACGCUCACUCACACUUUGCCUUUCUGUCUUCUAUUAUUAUCAUUAUUGUUUUCUGGUUUGCUUGGCUGGUGUGCCCCAUUUCCCAAGUGGCCAUAUACAACUCCAGAAGUAGAAACCUAUCAUCUCCACAGUCCACACCCUUUAUCUCACUCACUCACUCACUCAUUCACAGCUCAACCAGCAUUUGCUUCUGACACCAAAACAACACUCCCUACCCUAUUCUUCUCUUCCCCAUUAAUAACUCACCUGCUACAGUAGCUGCUACAGUAGUAGCAGGAACAAGAGGCAUUCACUCACAUUCACUGUAGCCAGAAAUUAUAAAAAAAAAAAGAAUGAAUGAAUCCAGCAUCAGCAUCAUCCACCACUAUCAAUCAUUAACUAGGACUUGACUUCCCAUGUCUCCUUCAGUCAUUGUCCACUAGAUUUACCCAAAUUGCAGCCCAAUGGGGAUGGUUUUCUUCAAGAUUGUUGGCACCUUCAAACCUUCUUUUGUAGGCUCAUGUUUGGAGUUGCUUUGAGGCCAAGGUGUUUGUGUUUUGAGCUCAAGGAAAUAGCUUCUGAAAUCCUCAAAAGGCACUUAUUUUUUUGCCAGCUUCAGGGUAUAUUGUUCUCUUGUAAGACUUUGUUGAGUUGAGAGAGAGAGAGAGAGAGAGAGAGAGAGAGAGAGAGAGAGAUGUCCAGAAGGCUAGAACUUGAAGAACACUGCUGCCAAGUAUUGAGUGAAACUUGACCGUUUGCUUAGUAUUCAUGAGAGAAAAGAUUUGAAUUCCAACAGUUGAAACUGCCCCAAGAGAAUAAUUGUCUUUAUGACAGCAAAACGUGCCUGAAAGUUUCAAUUUUUAAGAUCCCCAUUGAAGAAAUUUAUUGCUUUUCUUUCAGUUAUGAUUUGCUCAGUAUAAAUUGCAUUGGAGUUACAUCUCUAAGUCCAAGGUGAAUUGUUAAAAUUCCCAAAAGCAUCCAUGAAGCUUAAUCUUCUUCUUCCAAGCCUAGUGAUGCUUGUUCUUGUUCUUCUUCUGUGUUUUGAAUCACUUCCUCAUAUAAGGGCUCAAUCCACUACUUCUUCAGCAAAGGCCUUGGAUGCAGUUCUGCAGCAAUAUGCUUACAAGGUUUUGGUGAAUCCAAAAACAGGUACUAUUUACAAUGCAACUCAACUUCCAUCCAAUUUGACUGGGAUUGAAGUUUCAGCAUUGAGAUUAAGGAGUGGCAGUUUGAAGAGAAAAGGGUUCAAGAUGUACAAUGAAUUUGAAAUCCCUCAGGGACUCAUAGUGAGCACCUAUGUAGAAAGACUGGUUUUGGUGUAUCAAAAUCUGGGAAAAUUUUCCACCAGGUACUAUCCAUUGGCUAAUCACACAUACUUGACUCCAGUGCUAGGGCUGCUAGUUUAUGAUAGUUCGAAUUUGUCGGCUACGAAUUUAUCAGAACUGGAUAUAAGUGCUUCUGGUGACCCCAUUUUGGUCAAGUUCAGGAAUGUAAAACCAGCUCCUCAUGGUGCUGUUGCAGAAUGUGUUUGGUUUGAUUUGAAGGGUUCUUCCAGUUUCAGCAUUGUAACAGGAGGCAACACAUGUUCUACUUCUCAACAGGGUCAUUUCUCAAUAGUGGUCAAAUCCACUACUCCUCCAGCACCACCAGUACCAAGUGCUCAUGGAGGUAAGAAGAAGAGUGGAAAAGUGUGGAUUAUUGUUGGUUCUAUCAUUGGAGGACUAGCAUUGCUGGUUUUGUUGUUGUUUCUAGCUUUGUGGAUGAACAAGUGUACAAAAAAGAAGAAAAUGCAAAGGAUGGAAAGGGUUGCUGAAUUGGGAGAACCUCUUCAAAUGGCCUCAGUUGGGGAUACAAAAGCACCUGCUGCAACAGUUACAAGAACACAACCAACCCUUGAACAUGAAUAUGCACCGUGAUACAAUAUUUUUGCACAAUCUUCACUUGUCUUUCCCUUUCAUAUUCAGGUUAAUUUACUGUAGUCAGAAAUUCUUCGAAUGCCACUUUGCUUCACAUAGGAUUUUUGUGUAAAUCUGUUAUCUUUUUUUACUGAUCCAUUGUGGUGUGAUUCUACUAGCCAAAAUUCAAAAGUGUUGAUUACUUGAUUAUGUGAUGAAUUCAGUUGUUCUAUUGAGGAAGAAUAAAACUGCAGCACCUACUUCUGGGAUUAUUUUA